GCCCUCGGCACCGGGGAGGGGGAGUUGCUAAGCUGCCGUUGUCACGGACCCCUCCUGGCUCAUCUGUGGCCCGCACCGUGCUGAGGGGAGCCGCACGGGGCCGCAAGGACGGUCGGGGAGGUGGUUCGGCCCCUCUGCCGGUACGCUGAGGUGCGCGGUGCUCUGCCGCCUGUUAACAGCCGGUGACCCCGGGUCACGCGAAUGCUAGAGAGGAAGAGCCCCCAGAGCCGGCCGCACAAGGGACUCGGCGGGGGACUUGCCGGCAGAAGCCCCUGCCCGGGGUGCCCGGGUGGCCUCCCCGCCGCCUCUGGGCAGCCCCACCGUCGCGGAGCGAAGCAGACGGGGUGCGGUGGGUCGUCCCUCCCCGCCCCAGCCGGUCCCCAGCCCUGGUGCGGAGCGGGGCGGAGGGGGUGGCGGCAGCUCUGUGACUCAUGCCUGCGUCGCAGCAGAUCAACCGGCGAUUCACGCUUUUAAAAAAGCAAAUCCGAGCACUUCUGGAAAAAAAGGUCAUCUCGCAUUAAAUUCCGCGGCACGAUUGGUAUUCCGACGUCGUGUCUGGCUGAGUUUAUAAGCAGCGGGUCGCUCUCAGGCUGGAGUCAUCCUGCCUGCCUGGGCUCCCACAGUACCAGUGUCAGCUCGCGCCCUCGCAAAUCCCAUCCCUCGAAGGAAUAUCCGAGGAAACCUGGGCUCCGGGGACUGGGUCUUUACUGAAGGGAUGGCUUCCUCCGCUCCCUCGUCCUCCAACGACGCUCCGGACCCCGCCCCGACUAACUUACGACCCACAACUUACGACUCAUGGUGCGGUGUGGCUCAUGGGUGCACCAGGAAGAUCGGGCUGAAGAUAUGCGGGUUCCUGCAAAGGACCAACAGCCUGGAAGACAAGAGCCGGAUCGUCAGCUCUCUGAAGGAAAGGCAGUCCUCCAAGAGCCUUCUGGCGUGCGAGAAGGAAUCCAGGUUCCGGCGUACCGAGACAGACUUCUCCAAUUUGUAUGCCAGAGAUUUGCUGCCCUCCAAGAAUGGCGAGGAACAGACCAUGCAGUUCCUGCUGGAGGUUGUGGACAUCCUCCUCAACUACGUGAGGAAGACAUUUGAUAGAUCCACCAAAGUGCUGGACUUCCACCACCCGCACCAGCUCCUGGAGGGUAUGGAGGGCUUCAAUUUAGAGCUGUCGGACAACCCGGAGUCCCUGGAGCAGAUCCUGGUGGACUGCCGGGACACGCUGAAAUACGGAGUGAGGACAGGUCAUCCUCGCUUUUUCAAUCAGCUCUCCACAGGGCUGGACAUCAUUGGCCUGGCCGGGGAGUGGCUGACAUCGACUGCUAAUACGAACAUGUUCACCUAUGAAAUUGCCCCUGUUUUUGUCCUCAUGGAACAAAUAACACUUCGAAAGAUGAGAGAGAUUAUUGGAUGGUCAAACAAAGAUGGCGAUGGAAUAUUCUCACCUGGAGGAGCAAUCUCCAACAUGUACAGUAUAAUGGCCGCACGCUACAAGUAUUUCCCUGAAGUUAAAACCAAAGGCAUGGCUGCAGUCCCUAAACUCGUUCUCUUUACCUCAGAACACAGUCACUACUCAAUAAAGAAAGCCGGAGCUGCACUUGGAUUUGGAACGGACAAUGUGAUUUUGAUAAAAUGCAAUGAAAGAGGCAAAAUAAUACCAGCUGAUUUGGAAGCAAAAAUUUUGGAAGCAAAACAAAAGGGAUACGUUCCCCUUUUUGUAAAUGCAACUGCAGGCACAACAGUAUAUGGAGCCUUUGAUCCAAUACAAGAGAUUGCAGAUAUAUGUGAAAAAUAUAACCUCUGGCUCCACGUAGAUGCUGCCUGGGGAGGUGGACUCUUAAUGUCCCGAAAGCAUCGUCAUAAAUUAAAUGGAAUAGAAAGAGCCAACUCAGUUACUUGGAAUCCACACAAGAUGAUGGGAGUGUUGUUACAAUGUUCUGCCAUUCUUGUCCGGGAGAAGGGUAUACUUCAAGGCUGCAAUCAAAUGUGUGCAGGCUAUCUCUUCCAGCCAGACAAACAGUAUGAUGUAUCCUAUGACACUGGAGACAAGGCAAUACAGUGUGGUCGACAUGUGGACAUUUUCAAAUUUUGGUUGAUGUGGAAGGCAAAGGGUACUGUAGGAUUUGAAAAUCAGAUCAACAAAUGCCUGGAGCUGGCAGAAUAUCUCUACACUAAAAUCAAAAACAGAGAAGAAUUUGAGAUGGUUUUCGAAGGGGAGCCAGAGCAUACAAAUGUGUGUUUUUGGUAUAUUCCACCGAGUCUCAGGGGCAUGCCAGACUGUGAUGAGAGAAGAGAAAAAUUACACAGGGUGGCACCAAAAAUCAAAGCACUGAUGAUGGAGUCAGGUACUACGAUGGUUGGAUAUCAGCCUCAGGGUGAUAAAGUCAACUUCUUCCGAAUGGUCAUCUCAAACCCAGCAGCAACUAAGUCUGACAUUGACUUCCUCAUUGAGGAAAUAGAGAGAUUGGGGCAGGAGCUGUAGUACAUUGAUUGAAUUGUUUAUUUCUCUAAUUCACUGUUUUCCAGUGCUGGAUAAUUUUUAAACCCAGUUCUGCAGAACAUGUUUUAAGGAAAUUCUCUUUCUGUGAGUUCCAAUCUCCUAAGGCAUCCUUAAAUAAAACAACUGUAGGAUACUGAAACAUAUAUGUAUUGGUAGAUCAUAUUACUGAGGGAAAAUGUAUUAUCUUGAAGUUGAAGUACAAUUGACUCUUAUGUUGGUCUUGUUUAUUGUAGCCAGCAGGAAACUAAUGAGUCCUAAAAUAGCAAAUUAAGAGCUCUGCACAGUAUAUAUGUACAGUAUAAAUAAAUAUAUAUAUAAUUAUAUAUAUAUACAUACAUAUAUAUAAAGUGGGUAUAAACUUAGAUCUAAGCCACAGCAUGUUUUCCACUUUAAGAGAAUUAACUUUUCCUUCAACAAUUAAUGAUGUGGAUAAUGUGCUACAGACUUUUCUGCCGGCUAAAAUUAGACAUAUAGAAAUGUUUCAAAAAUGUAGAUUCUUAGGAGCUAACGAAAAUGUAUAACAGUAUUAAAUCUUGUUGUUGGUGCUUCUCUUAAAUACGAAACAGCAAUCUCUAACAGCACCUUUGAGUAUAAUAGUUGUAUUUCCCCUUUAGUGUCACAUCAGGGGAUAAUAGUAGCAGAGUCAUUGUAACAGUUAUAUUAUUGCUGUAUUUUUAGAGGUUAAUUUGUGUAGAUUGUGUAUAUUAUUGUUAAAUGACUUUGUGUAAAAGGAUUUAAAUGUAAUAGUUUUGCAACAAGAUAACUGUUGAAUUGUAGGUAUAUGAAAUAUUUGCUUAUUUAUAUGCAGAGAUUUACCAUGCUGAAGAGUUGUCUUGUAUUUUCUUCCAUUUGUAAUGUAUCCUAUUUAUAUAUUAUUGAAGUUCUAAAUAAUGUUUAUGGUAUUUUAGUGUCUUUGUGAGCCAAAGAAAAAAAGACAAAAAAUUAGUUGAUACUUUAAUUUAAAUCCUAGUGCCCUUAAAGUAAUAACUUAUGGAUAAUUUUUCUGAAUAUAAGGAAUUCUAACACUGUGUAUAGACUGUCAAAUGAUGAAAUCCUUUUAAUCUAUUAGAAUUUUCAGUUUUAUUUAUUGUGAUGUCGGACUGUUUGUUCAGUGUUCUGAAUGCUUUUCUAGUGAAUAAUUGUUACUAACCAAGGCCCCUGUUUUUUAUUUGAAUUUCAGGACUAAUCUCUAAAGGCCAUUUUAACUAAAUUCUGUGGGAGUUUUAAGCAGCGUCAUUCUUUUAGUGAAAUGGAAUUCACUAUGUGUUUGGAGCUUAUAAAAUAAAUAAACCCAAAAGUAAUCUCGGAAUCUUUAAAUAUAGCUGGCUUGUCACAACAAUUUCAACUGGCUAGACUUUUCAAAGUAUAGGAACCAGAUUCAUCUUGCAGCUUAUUCAGUUUUAAUCAUUAGAUAAUCAAUACUACCAAAUGGAAAACUCUAUACUGGAAACAGAGUAGUGGAACAAAACGAAGAUUCAAUAAUCCGCUGUCUACUGAGUUACUGUCAUGGUGAUUAAUGGAAUAUGCUAAUUUCAGAUCUUUUCAUACAGGAUUCUAUGGCUACCUCCUAUAUAAAUCAGUAAUAAUUUGCUCCCCCUCCACCAAAUCAGUAAUAACGUUAAAUUAUUUUUGAAAGAGCCAAUGAAAUGCAGUAAUGCUAUGCGGUUUCUACAGCCUCUCUCGCCCCCUUCAGUCCUGUUGAAUGGCAGCUAGAGUGAGGAGAGUUUUCCAUUCUGCAGGUCCCACUGGUUGUCUUCUGAGGAUGCUGUCUCACUUCUUUGGCUGCUUCAGAGCAGGGAGAAGGAAGAAGCUGUCAUGGUGACUACCAUACCAUACAGAACAGCCUUCCCAGUUUUUCACAGGGCGUAUUGCUUAUCCCUCUUCCAUAACUUUCUACUUUUUGAGUACAGAGAGAAGUUUGUGUUAAAGAGGAAGUAUGUUACAUUCUGAUUUACAGGCUUCUGCCUGAUUUCUGGUCUCUGUCAGUUUUACUUUACUCAAAGGGCAGCUACAGAAGAUUGAAAGAUUUCUCUUUCUUCUUUAUGAGAAACCAUAUGAAAUAGUAUAAUCAAUGCAAAGAUACAUAACUGCUGACCUAGCUUCACUAGGGGAUUUUACAUCCGCCACACAAGCAGCAUCAUGUUCCUUGUGAUUUUUGCAACCAGUUCUUAGGUGGGAAUUUCUGACUUCCUCCACAUCUAUAGUCAAGAUAUUUCAGCAACUGUAUUACUAAAGAUUCCAACUUACCCUUAGUCCUCUAACCUGAAUAUUUUAACAUCAUGGACCUUGUAUCCAGCUCAUCAUUUCAAUAUUCUAAUAGUAUUUUAUUGUAUUUGAAAUAUUAUAUCUCCUUAAAGCAUGUAUCUCCUUAUAAACUAAGUGAAGAGAAUAAUCCUUAUGUAACUGAUCUGAACUAGGAAAUACCAUAAUAUGGCUUAUUAGCAUUCAUACAGCAAUCCUUAGACAGUCCUGAGAUGUAGUCAGAAAUAGAUACAGGUCUCUUCAGCACGUAUAUGAUGUUUUGCUUGCUAAAAUUUCCACUUCUUCAUUUAAUAGAGUAUCUUGUGUUUUGGGGGUCAAAAGCAUCAGAGGUUCUACCUAUUUCCAUUGUUGGUUUGCAAUUAGAUGGGAAUAAUGGAGCUCCUCCUGCCUGUUUCAGAAGUGAGACAGUUAACACAGAGGUGUUUUCUCUGAAGACAGGGGAGUUAGAUUUAUUUUCCUGCCCUCUGCAUUUUAUCUUGCCUUUCUGCAGUGUUGUGUCUUGACACAGAUGACACACAAAAUUAGAUUUUUGCAAAGCUUUUCAUUCUAAUAACAGGCUCUGGAGUGUUUCCCUAUUACAGGUACCAUGUUCCACAGGCACAGGGCUCCUAUUAAUUUCUGACUUGGUUAGCUGAUUUUAACAGAGCAGUUAUGGUCAUCAUUGAUGAUAAAACUCAUCUGUGUUUUCUUCUCAGUAGGCAAUUUUCAUCUGGUAUGUAACAUCUCACAUGUUACAGCUUCUCAGACAAAGCUUACCUGGAAUUUGCCUGCUUUCUAUUCCAUACACUGUGAGAGAUCAGUAAGUAUGCAUGCACAGUGGUGUUGACUAAUUCAAAGCAUUGUAAUUCCAGGUGAGUAACUUUAUUUCUGAGGUUUAAAAUAUACUCUAAGGUAGCAAUUUUGCUUUUAAAGUCACAUGAACAAUCACUGUAAUUUUGUGGGGGUGAAUUCACAUCAAACAAACAGUAGGCAAGAUCUUAGGUGAACAUGUAGCUGCAGUGCUCAACUGAUGUAAUUUAUUUGGAAAAGACUGACCACUGGACAAAAAUCAACAGCAGCUGUUGGUGUUGAAUGAGAAAAAUUCUGAUUGUAUAAUUAAAAGUACAUUUUAGAGAAGAGAGAUGAUACCAUUCACGGCAGAUAGACGGAACCAGAGGCCUUGGGAAUAACGCAGGAUUUUAAAUUCAUCUUGACUUAGUUCAUAAACUGUUUUUUGAAUGGUGAAAAAUAUGAAGAGAUUUUUUAAAUGGAAUCUCUGUUUUGUGGUUUAAGAAAUGUUGAAGUUAUAAAGAUAUGCAAUGCAGUUUUAAUUUUUCAAUAAAAGUUGAUCUUAAAACUGUCUAA